CAACCAGUCUGGGCCGGUGCUGCGGGUGGAGCUGCUAUUGGGGGCUAGUGAGCUCAGCCCCCCCUCUCCCACCCCUCCAGCCUGGGUCCCCCAACCCCCCACGCCCGGCUCGGGGCGGUAUAUCCUGCCUGCUCCACCUCCCUCGCGUGGAAGCGGAGCGGCGGCCUCCGUGUAACGCGGGGGCGAGAUGUAGCGAGCCCGGCGCCGUGGCUGGACACUCGCCUUGGCGGGCGGGUGGGGGGCGCGGGGGGGCCCGCGGAGGACAACGACUACGAAGGAGGAAGAGUGAUGAGAAGAGGGGGGUACCCUGCACCCCCCCCAAGACCGCCAGCCCCAGGUGUUCAGCAUAGGUUCCUGUGGCUUUAAAUAAUAAUCAGAGAUUUGGAAAGGUACACAGUCUUCCUAGGAAAGUAAGGGGACAGCCAGAGAAAAGAACAAAGCCAGGGGGAAGCUGUGAUCCUACCCUGGGACCAGAAAUCUGAAGACCUGCCAUCAGCAAGAAGAAAUUGGAGGAGCCAGGUCCCAGGCCGCAGCUCUGUUUCAAAAGACUCAAACUCAAGCUGCUUUCCUAAGAGAGUAACCACGGGGAACCCCUUGCAGGACAGCCUCAAAUUCAGUUAGGCUCUCCUAGUGCUGAUGCCUGCCUGCUUCUAGGGAAUCAAGUGAUGUGGGGUGAGUGCACCUGCUGAGAACCAAAGAAGAUAAGGAACAGUGGUUGUCCCCCACCCCGGCAAGGAGGGGACUGGGCCGCUCCUCCAGUUUGGGAAUAAGGCAUUCACACCCCUAGUGGUUGGCUGCUGAGUCCAGUGGGGUGUGUUUCUUGUUUUCCUUCCCGAUUGUGGUCUCAGCGCUUGAUGGGGCUGCCUGUUGGUGGAACAAUCUUCAUAGCAUCUGGAGGGAGCAAAGAGCUGUGGGAGACGGCCAAUGAGCCUGGGCUCUCCCUGAGACUGAGGUCUCUCCGGAGUUAAAAGGGAGAGAGAAAGAGAGAGAGAGAGAGAGAGAGAAAUUCCCACUCUCCCCUGACAUGUCCUCCAAGCCAGAGCCAAAAGACCUCCACCAGCUGAAUGGGACUGGCCCUCCUGAGCUGCCUUCCCCAGCAGACAUCCCUGGCCGGGAGCCCCUAGCUAGCACCUCCGAGUUCCUGGGUCCAGAUGGGGCAGGAGUGGAGGUGGUCGUCAUCGAGUCACGGGCCAAUGCCAAAGGGGUCCGAGAGGAGGACGCCCUCCUAGAGAAUGGGAGUCAGAGCAAUGAGAGUGACGAUGUCAGCACGGACCGUGGCCCCGAGCCGGCUUCUCCCCUCAAAGAGACCUCCUUCUCCAUUGGGCUCCAGGUGCUUUUCCCUUUUCUCCUGGCUGGCUUUGGGACCGUUGCCGCAGGCAUGGUGCUGGACAUCGUACAGCACUGGGAAGUCUUCAAGGAUGUAACGGAAGUCUUCAUCCUGGUCCCUGCACUCCUGGGGCUCAAGGGGAACCUGGAAAUGACCCUAGCAUCAAGACUGUCAACAGCUGCCAACAUUGGGCACAUGGACACACCAAAGGAGCUUUGGAAGAUGAUCACAGGAAACAUGGCCCUUAUCCAGGUGCAGGCCACAGUAGUGGGCUUCCUGGCCUCCAUUGCAGCUGUCAUCUUUGGCUGGAUCCCUGAUGGUCACUUCAGCAUCAGCCAUGCCGUUUUGCUGUGUGCCAGCAGUGUGUCCACAGCCUUCAUUGCUUCCCUGGUGCUGGGCAUGAUUAUGAUUGGAGUCAUCAUUGGCUCCAGGAAGAUUGGGAUCAACCCCGACAACGUGGCUACACCCAUUGCAGCCAGCCUGGGAGACCUCAUCACAUUGGCACUACUCUCGGGCAUCAGCUGGGGGCUCUACCUGGAGUUGGAGGGCCGGCCGUACAUCAACCCUCUGGUGUGUGCCUUCUUUGUGGCUCUGCUGCCUGUUUGGGUGGUCCUAGCCAAGAGGAGCCCAGCCACUCGGGAGGUGUUGUACUCGGGCUGGGAGCCAGUCAUCAUUGCCAUGGCCAUCAGCAGUGUUGGAGGCCUCAUCCUGGACAAGACUGUCUCUGACCCCAAUUUUGCUGGCAUGGCCGUCUUCACUCCAGUGAUUAAUGGUGUUGGAGGCAAUCUGGUGGCGGUCCAGGCCAGUCGAAUCUCCACCUACCUGCACAUGAACGGGAUGCCAGGGGAAAGCUCAGAGACAGCGCCCCGGCGCUGCCCUAGCCCUUGCACCACUUUCUUCAGUCCUGAUGUGAAUUCACGCUCAGCCCGAGUCCUGUUCCUCCUUGUGGUGCCUGGACACCUGGUGUUCCUCUACACCAUCAGCUGCAUGCAGGGUGGGCACACCACCUUGACCCUUAUCUUCAUCAUCUUCUACAUGACAGCUGCACUGCUCCAGGUGCUGAUCCUUUUAUACAUCGCAGACUGGAUGGUGCACUGGAUGUGGGGUCGGGGUCUGGACCCAGACAACUUCUCCAUCCCAUACUUGACAGCCUUGGGUGACCUGCUAGGGACCGGCCUCCUGGCGCUCAGCUUCCACGUUCUCUGGCUCAUCGGGGACCGAGACACAGAUGUCGGGGACUAGCUUCCGCCCUUCCAUCCUCAUCACCUUGUAUUUGAUUUCAUUUCUUUUUGGUUUUCUCCCCAUCUUCCCUUCUAGGACUUCACUUUGAUAUUGAAUUCUCAUUAUUUUCAAUGGGAAUUUUUAAUAUGUCGAGCCGAGUUUGUACAGUGAGCAUUUAGGAAGGUUAGAUUGACUGAGACAAACAGCAUGAGUCAAUUUUGAGACAAUCACCAAGUGCAAUUUCAUGGUGGGUGCCUCCAAGCAGGACAGGAGACAUCUUUCUGGGAAAUAGGGACAGGGAGUCCAACCUCAGCAACCUCCAUGUUUGACUAAUAGGGAGCCUUUUGUGGGGGGCUCUGGCUUUUUGGGUUGGCUGGUGGGGAUAAUGAAAUCAUCCCCUUAUUUCCUUGAAAAUGGAUCAUAAGAAAGGAGCUGAGUGGGGAGCAGAUGCUCCUUAGCCCUCUUUUAUGCUGCUGAAAUCUGAACCACCCCUAAAGAGAGUGAGGCGGGGUACCUGCUCUCAUUCUGGUAUCUCCCUCACUCAUAACUCUUAAGUACCGCCAGUAACCCAUCCCACUGUUCUCCAAUUGUCUAACACUCCCUGGAAGAAGCAGAUAGUGGCUCGGUUGCCCUUUACCAGCCACAAAUUCUUCCAGUCAUUCAAAUACUGAUACCCACAUCCUCUCAGGGCUCAAACAACAGGCUGAAUGUCCCUUCCUCCCUCUCCCCCAUCCAUUUUACCCACUCCCUUGUCCGUGUUUGAGCACACCCUGCCCCCUGAGUGCAAGCCAAGGGGCUGGGUCAGGAACUGGUUCUAUGGUUUGAGAGUUGGGGGAAAAAGUUCUACUUCUCCCUCUGUGUUUAAAAUCACACUGAGUCAACCCAGGAAAGCUCUGUGGUUUCCUAAGCAGCACUUCCCCUUCUCAUCUCCCCCCUCCACCCUCUCCGGUCAUGUUCCUUCCCCUCAGCUUCUGUCUUGGAGCAUUCCUUCAUUCAUUUAUUCAUUUAUCCAGCAAAUAUUUAUUGAGGACUCACUGUGUACAAAGCCUAGAAGAACAGUCUUCUCCCAGACCAGCCCCCCAGGAAGCUGAUUUUUUUCUCCUACAUCAUCAUCUCUUUGCUACCUAAAGCCUUGCCUCCCCACUUCCUUUGGUCUCAUAGAUAGAACCUGCCUUUGACCUUGGCAGUGAGAGAGGGCUUCUUGAAUCUGAGCUUCACCAAACUUAGUCUUCCCUUUUCCCCCUUUGUUUUCACUCCUACCUCUUCCCAGCCCUGACCACAACCAAGGUGCCCAACCUGCUUCCUCCAUCAGGGUUCUUGGCUUUUCUCCCAGGUGGAUGACUGCUGAAGCCAGAAAGAGCCUAAUUGCCCCUCCUCACACUCCCAUCCCUCAACUCUUAGGAUCCUGCCCAUUGGGCACCCAAGAGGACCCAGAAUCGGUAGUCUGGACCUCAUGCAGUUGCUGCUGUUUUUCUCUGCCUGAUACAGGGGAAUUGGAAGGAAACUGGGGUUCUCAGCAUCUCCACCAUGUAUUGCUCUGGACCAGAUCAGGAAUCUGGGGAAAACUGCACACAUACACUCAUGCAAGUAUGUUUCUGGGCAUUUGGAUACAUUUGGAUGGUGUCGCUCAGCUUCUUUGUUCUAGGGCACCCCACAAAAUCUUCUUUCCUAGCCAAGAGGAUGGUGGGUAAAGGAGAAACCAGUCUCACCUACACUCCCAAAUUCUCCUAUCCCCAUCUCCUGGAUUGUCCUCCUAGGGGCUGCUUAGGCAGGAGCCCCAUCUCUUAUUGAUACCAGUCUCAUCACUGGGACCUUCCACUGAAUUUUCUUUAUUCCCAAUCCCUCAUCCUAAAAUCAGAACCCUAGUUGGAAGUGACUUCCAUGGUCAUCUGCCUACUCUGGGCUGUGUCCAGCAAAGCUAAUUCAUCACUGCUUGGACUUGUCUUCUCUGCUUCCCCUGCCUGACCUCCCCCCCCCCAUUCCUCUACUAUCCUCUCCUUUCCUCUCUACACAAACAGCAAAACAAACCCCUUCCUGAGGCCAUCCCUCUUCCAGCUUCACUUCCCAGUUUGGCCAACUUAUCCAACUCAUCUUUCCCUCAUCCACAGAGUCCCACUUGGGACAGUGAGUGGACUCCCCCUCUCCCUCAGGUCCUAGGUAUGUGGCCUUCUCUGAGAGGGGAAGAAAGAGGAGCUGUGGAAUGAGGGAAUAUCACUGAAAGUGCAAAUGCAUCCAAGGUUUUUUUCCCCCAACUGUGCAUGUACUUUAGACCUGGCUGCAAGGAGCAAUGUUGGUUUACUCUUGUAUUCUUUAAAAAGUUCCAGAAUUGUGUCUUAAGAGAAUUAUUUAUAGUUGCUAUAACUGAAUUGACAAGUGUCAACUUAACUGAUAAAUUAUAUUUGGUAAAAUAAAGAGGACAUUUAUUUAGGUCA